AUGGCAAUCUGCUAUGUUCACGAGAUGGAAGGGUUAGGGCGGUGCCUUGUGGCCAAUCGCGACAUAGAUCCCGGUUCAGAGAUCUUGAAGGAGAGGCCACUGCUGGCAGCCCCAGAAAUGGAACUGGGGCAAGUGGACCUGGCUGGACUGGAGGCCACCUGUGAGGACACCUGCCAGCCCUGGUCACACUCGACCAUCGAUGGGGCUGCAGUCAGGCGCCUCCUCGGCUUGCUGCAGAUGUACCUGGAGAGCGAUAUUGAGAUCAAGCGCUCUGUGCUUGAACUUGAUGAUAGCAUGGAAGGCACUGCAGCGGCUUGCCUGGUUAGGAAGCUGGCGUCCCGGCUGUUGGAAAGCGGGCUGUUCGCACAGCUGCGCAAGAUGGAGUUGCAUUGCCAGUCGGGAUGCAUCGUCAGCACAGUGCCCAUUUCUCGCGGCUCUCGCAUUGAGAUCUCCUAUGAGCUGGAGCGGCUGGAUGUGGAAGAAGAACUGGAGGCCCUCGGCCAUGCCGCUCCUGUGCUCACCAGCGGACAAACUCAGAUCUGCUGUUGUGUGAUGCCUUGGAUGGGCCAACUUGUGCCCAUGAUUCACUUAGCACUGGCCCUGCAAGCGCAGAAGUCUACAGUUGUUUCCUUCAUCACUACUACAUUGGGCGUGCAUCGCUUGCGCACCCUUUUGGGCAACAAACGCGCAAAGCUGAACCUGGUGCAGAUUGAUGAUGGAUCCGAUGAAGAUUCCGAGCGCGUCUUUGCCAGGCUGCUGCAGACUCCAGGCCAAGAACCUUUUUUGGAGGCAAACCUGACAGUUGCAGGUUUGGCGAAGGAACACGUGCAGAGCUUGGUUAAGCAGGGUGUAACCCACUUUGUGCUGGAUUGGUUGAGCUUUGGCUUCGCCGAGUGCAUCCGUGCCAGCGGGGCGCAGUAUUGCAUAUCAAUGCCUGGGUCAACUUUGCAGGCUGAAUUUGGUUGUGCGGUUAGGGAUUCAUCCGAGUGCUCUAGCAACACCCAAAGGGCCAUUCAAAGCAUCACGCACAACGCGAAGAUCCUGGUUCAUGGAUUUCCGGGGAUGUUUGGGGCGAGGGUGGGACAGAUGGGCGAUCAAAUGACGUGUGUAGGGAUUCUGGCCAGCGAGCCUGAGACUUUGCCUGCAGAUGUCGAGGCCUUCCUGAAUUCUGCUGGUCCACCGGUCCUGUAUGUGUUCUUGGGGUCUUUGACAGUGCUGACUGUCAAGGAGUUGGAGGUGCUGUGUCGUGCUGUUUCGUCGCCGGGCGAGUGGCGUGUGAUGUGGUCUUUGCCUGAAGAUCUGCAAGUGCUGCUUCCCAGCAUAUCCAGAAACGCAGGUUUUUUCCUGUCCCACUGGCUUCCUCAAGCUUCGAUUCUCAGACAUCCGGCAUGCAUUGCUGCAUUGAUUCAUGCCGGUUGGAGCUCCCUUGCAGAUGUGAUCCUGUCUGGCAAGCCUGUUUGUGCUCUUCCUCUAUUUGGAGAUCAGCCUAUCAACGCGCAAAUCGUGCAGACGCUGAACAUUGGAUUGACCAUCUCUGCAGGCCGCAGCUUGGGAGACAUGGAUCCAAAGCGCAUUCAGGCCUCAAUACGAGCUGUGAUUCAGGACUCGCGUUUCUCUGAGGCAGCUCGUGCGUGGAAGAAGGCUGCAGGCUUUGGAGGUGCAGAUUACGCUGCAGGAGUGGUGAGAAGUUAUUUCGACCAGGAGGGCAGGGAGACUUUGCAGGAAGGUCGUGCAGACCUGGAGAUGGCAGCAGUCACUCUCGCAGAGGACAUGCGCUCGCUGAGUUUUGAUGACGGAGAUGCGGAGGAGCUGUUACCAAUGGGUGCUCAGUUGGAGGUGUUGCUCAUGCAAAGUGAGCUGCUGCUUGGUGCGGCAGAUGCUGUUACUUGGUGGUUGUUGAGGCUUAGAGUUUAUCGGGAUUUCCAGCGCUUGCUCUCAUACGGCGACACUGUGCUUCGCAGCGUUGAUCCACGAGACAUAUGCGAGCUGGUUGGGUUGGCAGGUGCGGUUCACAACAAGUUGCUCCGGCAAGCUGUCUCCUUGGGACUACUAUCUCCGUUGCUGGAUGAUGAGCCACAUCGGCCAGCCAACUUUGCAGCCGUGUGGCUGGCAUCCGGCAGCACUCUGGCGCACCACGUCGCAGUCUUUAAAGGUGACAUGGAGAAAGCUACCGGCCUGGAUGAAGAAGGACCCGCAACCUCGGCGCUCGGCAUCUGCACCUCCCGAGCGCAGGAAGAGAGGCUGCUCGAGCACCACCUGAGCGUGGCCGUGAUCGUCGCAGCAAGUCGGUUGCUGGUGCUUCCUCUGCAUGGUAGCGUCUCCACCACCAGGCACAAGGCCAAGGACAUGGAUGUCACCCGCGACCGGUCUAUGCGACGAGCCACGCAGAACUUGGCUGUUUGUCACCGCCUCGAGAGCCUCCCCCAGAAGCAGCACAACCCAAAGGGCUCCGAUUUGCGGCACUACGUGAAACUGAUCAACAUGCAUGCCAAAAAGGGAGCGCUCGAGAAAGCCGAAGCUUGCUUCCAAGAGUUGCAAACGGCACGUCUCACUCCGGACCUCUUUGCCUACAGCGGCGUGAUGAAUGCACAUGCCCGAUGCGGCUCUGUGGUGGGUGCACAGAGGUACUUGCAGGAGCUGUUAGACGAGUCUUUGCAGCCUGAUGCGGUAUGCUACGGCAGCGUUCUCAACGCAUGUGCUCAAGCUCAUGAAUCGGAACUUGCAGAGCACUGGUUGUCGCAGAUGAUUAGCGCGCGUGUGCCGCCAAACCGCGUGGCCUACAGCACUGUGAUCAAUGCCUUCGCACAGGAAGGGAGCGUGGAAGCGGCUGAACGAUGGUUUUCAAGCAUGACUGCGGAUCGAGUUGUCCCCAAUGAAGUGACCUUCUGCAGUAUGAUCAAGGCUUGCGCAAACAAGGGUGAUGCCGAUCAUGCGAUGCAGUGGCUUCAGUGUUUACUUGAGUCGGGGCUAGAGGUGCCCGCCCUUGCCUUCAACUCGGCAAUCAAUGCUUGCGCUGGAACUGGUGAUGUGACAUACAACAGCUUGGUGAAGGUGAGCGCAGCGAAGGGUGACGUGCAGUGUGCGCAGCGCUUCCUUGAUGAGCUGCUGGGCAGUGGCCUCCAGCCAGAUGUGCAGACCUUCAACAGCCUUCUUAGCUGUGGGGCUUAUCGUGGAGACCUGCAAGCAUGCGAGAGCUGGUAUCAGCAGAUGGAAAGUCUGGGCGUGACACCGGAUACUAUUACGUAUAGCACCAUGCGAACAGCCUGUACUCGAUGUGGCAAUCACAUCCAAGCACAGCACUGGCUGAAGCUUAUUGUCCAAAAUGACGAGAGCGCCAGAGCAGUCUGGAGUGCCAGGGGUAAGACUGCGAUUGAUCCUUUCUCUGAGACUGGCGGUGUGAUGAAGAAGGCGCUGUACCGUUUCCGAUCGCAAGGGGACGAACGAAUUGCAGAGCACCUGGAAAAAGCCCUAGAGUACCAGUGGGUAUAUGGAUACCCGCACAUGCCACAGCAUGAGCAGCAGCUGACACAUGGGGCGUACAAAUACAUGGCGGGAAUGCAGCCAAUGACAGCGCGAGAAAUCUACAAGAUUGUUCCUGAAAGCCAGGCAGUAAUGGACACCUUCUGUGGAUCAGGAACCGUCCUGAUUGAGGGGCUGGUUGCGGGAAAGGUGAGAUGCAUCGGUAGUGACACGUCUCCAUUGGCAAUUUUUGUGACCAGACACCACACGGACGCUCUGCAACUGCCAUUGGAAGACUUCAUGGCAAAGGCAGAGGAGCUUGCAGCUCCAGGUGCAACCAAUUGGGGCAGCCUCCGUGACGGUAUCCGGACGAUAACCAUGCCAUUGCUCCGUGACGGCUUGUGGUUUGCAUAUGCAAUUGCUUGGCGCCUGGCGCGCAGCUCAUUCGGAGGCAGCAAGUUCGGCCAGAAAGAUGAGGGCCAGGUUGGCGAUGCCAGGUCGUACUUCCUGUCGACUACAUAUCGCUUUGCGGAUCGGGUGCGGGAUUUGCGGAGCCAAUUCAAAGGCAAGCCUUCUGUGGAGCUCCACUGCUGCGACUGCCGUCAGCUGGUCCUGGAAGAAAAGGUGGAUGCCAUUAUCACCAGCCCGCCUUAUCCUGGGGUCUACAAUUACCUGCAGGCUGCCGCCUAUGACUGCCGGCAAGUAGCAGGUGAGGGUACAGAGGGGAUGGGCUUCCUUGAGGAGGUGUGGGAGCCUGGUGAACCAGACUUGUCAGUGGAGCUAGGUGCAGCUUCCCUGCAGCCGAAAUCUGUGGCUGAAGCAAGAACACGUUGGCAAAAAGAGCAGGAGGAGUGGUUAGCAGCUGCAAAAGGCAACCUUCGCCAGGGAGGAACUGUCACUAUCAUGGUUGGAAAUGGUGAUGCGUUGGAAGAGAACGCCAAUGAGAUUGAUUGCUUACAGUCAACGCUGGCGGCUGCUUCUGCCGUUGGCUUUGAUGUUGUGGCCACGUCCACAAUUGAAAGCUGCGCAGAUGCUGCGCACGAGUCCAAGGGGAUGUUGCGGACAGAGCAUAUGAUACACCUUCGCAAGCCAAGCUAG